AUGUCAACCACGGGACCAUCAGGACAGGAUAUCCCACUUGAAGGGAUCCGCAUGUCACGAUUAGGAGAUUUUGAGAAGAAACCAAAUCUCCCAUGGGGCUUUUGCAUUUAUCUAUGCUCGUUUAAAGACGAUGCUGCGUGGCAUAAAAUUCUCCAGCUCCUUCAGCGGCGCGUGCAAAAGUCCGUGGAACUUUCCCUACCACCUGGAGAGGAAAGAAUAGAGCUCCUAGAGGCCCAUGAUCUCGUGAUUCAUGCUGAGCUGGAGAAGUUCAACGGCGCGACUUCGCAUGAGGUGCGCGAUCAUUUUAAUGAUUGGGUGGCAGAACAACUACCAAAAGUGGUUAAGACACCCGAAACACUACAAAAGCUAGUCGGAGAGCAUUUGAAGGAGAAAAAUCAUAUUCCUGGACCUGAAUACAUUCUUGGAGCACGGCUUAACUUCGCCCUAUUUGUUGAUGAUAUUUGUUUGGAGUCUUUGGUCCAUAUGGAUCAGCCCGUAGUUAAAGUUUUGUAUAAGCAAUGGGGCAAUUUGAGUCCCGAGGAGAGAAAUUACAAAAUUGACCCCGACUGGCAUGAUGGGACAACGGAAGAAGAGGAGGAGGAUGUUGGAUGGAUGUACAUGUCUGUCAGCGACUACGUUGAUACGUAUGACCAAUUUGAGUGGGCACACGUGGCUGUCUGGCAUGCUUCAUAUCUUCGGCCUCCUCAGAUGCUUGACUAUUUUGGUGAUGAGGAGAGCCAACCGGGCUUCUGGCGGAAGUAG